GGCCCCUCCCUCCCGGCGCAGCUCGGCGGGGCCGCGGGGCGGGGCCGGGCUGCGCAAGCUGUUCCGGGCCGCCGGGCAGCCAUGGCGGAUGAGGAGGAGGACGCGCCGUUCGAGGAGGAUGCGGAGGACGCCGGCGGGAGCCUGGACGGCGGGCAGGGCAGGAGGAAGAGGCUGUUCUCCAAAGAGCUAAGGUGCAUGAUGUAUGGAUUUGGGGACGACCAGAACCCUUACACAGAAUCAGUGGACAUUCUUGAGGACCUGGUAAUAGAAUUUAUCACUGAAAUGACACACAAGGCCAUGUCCAUCGGGCGGCAGGGUCGGGUACAGGUCGAGGACAUUGUCUUUCUAAUACGCAAGGACCCCCGGAAGUUUGCCAGAGUUAAAGACCUCCUAACUAUGAAUGAAGAACUGAAACGAGCCAGAAAGGCUUUUGAUGAAGCAAACUAUGGGUCUUGAUUCUGUACACAAGCUGCACUGGGGCAUUAUUUGGGCACCUGCUGCCUAGUAAGAAGGAAGAUUGUGCAUGUAGUUUGGAAGGGUUUUUCAGGAUGGAGAUCACUGCUGGGAUGUUUGCCCUCACUCCCAGGCUUUGCUGAGAAGUAUUCAAGCAGCUGAACUGUUACCUGAUCGUAUGUGGUAUACUUAGGUCUUUUUAUACCAUUUGAUGAAAUGAAAAAAAGAGCUCUAAAAAUUCCUGCAGUAGCAGGAGUCUGUUUGAAGUAGGCCUAUGUUGAAUCAGAUGGCUCGAGGUCUGAUGGUUCAUGACUCUCUAAAAUUGUUUCAGCUGUGACUGGGUAUUCUUGUGACAGGAAACCCUGAAAAUGGAUCUUCGUUAUCCGUAUAAAGACCUUAGGCCCAAACUAGUAUCAAAGUUGUGCUCUGUGCUCUGUAUAUGCUUUUUGAAUAAAACAUAAAUUUGUGCCCACGUUUCAUAA